GAAGCUCGGUGUGCCGAGCGCGCAGAGGAGAGCAGAGCGCAGCCGCGUCAUCAUGUCGCCUUCAGUCUGAACUUUCUUUCCUCUUCCUCGGGAGUUUUCAAUCCGCAGUUUUAUCCAGUUUUUCUUCCUCGGCGCAGCUUUGUGAUGCCCGCCGGGAUGUUUAGUAUCGACAGCAUCCUGUCCGGACGGCCGAGCUGUAAGGAACCGCUGCUGCUUCACCGGAGCGGACCGGUGGUGCUGCCCGCCGGCCUCACGGACACCAUCUACACCGACUACAGUGGACUGUACUCAGCCGCCCGCGGACCGUCCCCACCGGGCGUCCACGCGGUAAACGGUGCAAGGAUCGGAUAUAACGGCUAUUACUACGGACAACUGCAGGUCCAGGGGCCCGGAGGAGGUCCGCCGUGCUGUGGAGCCGUGCCCGGCCUCAGUCCGCAGCAGUGCCCCUGCUUCCCCGCAGGCUAUGACAGCGCGGCCUCGGUGCUUCUAUCGCCCGUUCCUCACCACAUGAUGUCCUACAUGAACAUGGGCAGCCUGUCGCGGACCGAGCUGCAGCUCCUAAACCAGUUGCACUGCCGCAGGAAGCGCAGGCAUCGAACCAUCUUCACGGACGAGCAGCUUGAGGCCCUGGAGGGCCUUUUCCAGGAGACCAAGUAUCCGGACGUGGGGACGCGGGAGCAGCUGGCUCGCAAAGUCCAUCUGAGGGAGGAGAAGGUGGAGGUGUGGUUCAAGAACCGACGCGCCAAGUGGAGGCGGCAGAAGCGCUCCUCCUCGGAGGAAUCGGAAAACUCACAGAAAUGGAACAAAAAAGCGGAGAAAACGGACGGGACUAAAAGCGACGCGGACUCUGACAGCUGAUGGAGACGGGGGCGCGCAACGCGGCCACGUGAUGUGAUGUUGCACAGGUGUACAUAUCGUUUUAUUAUUGACUGUCUCCGUGACGCCUAUUUAUAUUUAAUUUAAAACUUUUUUUUUUUUAAUGUCGUCUUUGAAGUGCGCGCAAACACAGUGCGCCAUGUGACAGUUUGUGGAUGUUCAUUGUUGCUGCGCGUGCAGCUACGCUGCGCGUGCGCUUAUUUGUAAUUAAUUAGAAAUUAGGCGACAUCUUUAAGGUGUAAAUGGAAGAAGGGGUUCUGUAGCUUGAAAGAUACCGAACAAAUAUCGGGCAAUAGAGAGUUACUGACCGUAAAAAUCAUCAGCGUCAGUUUUCCGCAGCUUAAUUUGUGUAAUUUUCAAAGAAAUUCUAUCAAUAUCGUUUUUUUUCUAAUUAAAUGUGCCACCAAUUUGGAACAAUAUUUUAUUUCUUCAAAAAUAUUCUCAAAUUAAGAGAUUAAAUUUACAGAAAAAGCAGCAGAAACUUAGAGGAGGCAGAUUUGUGUUUUAGGAUAAAAAAAAAAAGAUUUUUUAUAUUUAUCUGGUUUUGUAAAUAUGAUUACUAUAAUACAUUUUAUUUAAUCAGUUAAUUACAGUGUAACAAAUCUAAAUUUCUGCCGAGAUAUAAGAUACAUUCCUGCACAUCAGUUUCUGGAAAUCAAAACUUGGUUUUAUGUAAAUGAUGGAUCUAAUGUCAGUCAAGUCCUUAAAAAAAGAACAUCUUUGUAAGUAGAUAUGAAUGUCUGUAUCUGUGAAAGAUGUGAAUAAAUAUCAAUUUAUGUAAA